CCGCGUAUUGGCCUGCGCCUCAUUACUUUAAAACCUCUACCUUGUAAUUAUUUCUUUAUCUGUUUGUGAAUUUAGACGAUAAUGGCUCCCGGAGUUAUUCAAAACUCUGAUACCGUUUUAAAUAGUACGUUGGCUACUAUAGCACACAAUGAGAACCUCAUCUCCGGAGUGACGGAUGACAAUAAAAUUUGUCCAAUCGACCACAUUGUUUUGUCCGAAAUUAAUGAUCAGAGUGGAAAUGCCAAAGACUUGAAGAUUCAGAUACACAAGCUUGAUAGGAAGAAACCGCGCAAAGUUACGAGACCUAAAGUGUUAAAGAACCAUGAAUCAAGGGAGUAUUUGUAUGACAGAUUGUACGACACAACGUGUCCAAGUGUGCCAACACUAUGCAACGAAAAAGCCUGUCUGGGCAGUUUGAUGGCCAUCCCUGGUCGCGGCGACGUACCAAGGAAUUCCGAAGAAGUGUUGAAUGAUGCCAAAGAUUUUCUCGGUCAAUACUUCGCUUCCAUAAGAAGAGCCAAUACAGUAGCACAUGAGGCUCGUUGGAAAACUGUUCAAGAAGAAGUGGCCAAGACCGGGACAUACCAGCUCACCACCACGGAGUUAGUAUUUGGAGCAAAACUAGCCUGGAGAAACGCAAGUCGGUGCAUUGGCAGAAUACAGUGGUCCAAAUUACAAGUUUUUGACUGUCGUCAAGUAACUACGACAAGUGGUAUGUUCGAGGCGCUCUGCAACCACAUCAAGUAUAGCACCAACAAGGGAAACAUUCGGUCAGCAAUUACUGUUUUCCCACAACGCACAGACGGUAAACACGAUUACAGAAUAUGGAACAGUCAGCUCAUAAGCUACGCUGGGUAUAAGAUGCCCGAUAGUACCGUACUGGGUGAUCCCAUGCACUGCGAGUUCACUGAACUUUGCCUCAAAUUGGGAUGGAAGCCUCAGCGCACUGCGUGGGAUAUACUGCCAUUGGUGCUGUCAGCGAAUGGAAAGGAUCCAGACUACUUUGAAAUACCACGGGAUCUCGUGAUGGAAAUCCACAUGAGCCAUCCAACUUACGAAUGGUUCGAAGAGCUGCAACUACGUUGGUACGCACUUCCAGCUGUCUCCAGCAUGCGUUUUGACUGCGGAGGCAUUGAAUUUACAGCCAAUGCCUUCAACGGUUGGUACAUGAGCACCGAGAUAGGGUGUAGAAACUUCUGCGACAACAACCGUCUAAAUAUGCUCGAGAAAGUAGCGGAGAAAAUGGGUUUGGAUACUAGAACACCAGUUAAUCUAUGGAAGGACAAGGCUCUUGUAGAAGUAAAUGUGGCUGUAUUACACAGCUUCCAACAGCAUAAUGCGACAAUCGUAGAUCAUCAUACUGCUUCAGAGAGCUUCAUAAAACAUUUGGAUAAUGAAAACAGACUAAGGUCUGGAUGUCCAGCGGAUUGGAUAUGGAUCGUACCACCCAUGUCUUCAUCCAUCACUCCAGUGUUUCACCAAGAGAUGGCGCUUUAUUAUCUUCGACCUGCAUACGAGUAUCAGGAACCGGCAUGGAAGACCCAUCAAUGGCAGAAAUCAAAGCCGAUCACAGGGAAGAGGCCUAUAAAUAGAAAGUUCCACUUCAAACAGAUUGCACGCGCUGUGAAAUUUACCUCCAAACUCUUUGGUAGAGCGCUCUCUAAGAGGAUUAAAGCCACCGUACUAUAUGCAACCGAGACUGGGAAGUCUGAACAGUAUGCUAAAGAAUUAGGGGUCACAUUCGGUCACGCGUUCAAUGCUCAGGUUCACUGUAUGAUGGAUUACGACAUAACAUCUAUUGAACAUGAAGCGCUUUUAUUGGUCGUUACGUCGACUUUCGGUAACGGAGAUCCACCAGAAAACGGAGUGGCUUUUGGAGAACAUCUCUGUGAACUCUUGUAUGCUGACCAAGUGGGAGAGGAAACAUCUGGAGGUUCACAGUUGCUGACACCUAAAUCAAUUAUAAAAGCAAACAGUCAAAUUGAAUUCCAAAGAUACGCUGGGAACCCCAAGCAACUCAGUCGUCUUGAAUCAUUAAAAGGUAGUACAACUGACGCCGCCUCCAUAGAUAGUUUUGGACCUUUGAGCAAUGUAAGAUUCGCUGUUUUCGCUCUCGGUUCAAGUGCAUAUCCAAAUUUUUGUAACUUCGGAAAAUACGUAGACAAAUUGUUGGGUGACCUCGGUGGAGAACGAAUCCAUGACCUUGCAACCGGCGACGAAAUGUGCGGCCAAGACCAAGCAUUCCGGAAAUGGGCCUCCAGUGUUUUUAACGUUGCAUGUGAAACUUUCUGUUUGGAUGACGAUGAAACCUUACAAGAGGCGAAAAGAGCACUGGGAACAGUAGCGCUGAGUGAAGAAACCGUGCGAUUUACUAUUCCUAUAAUAAAACCACCUCCCCUUUUUAAUGCUUUACAAUCAGCGUUUAACAGGCAAUUGGUUACCUGCGUUGUUAAAGCAAAUAAAGAUUUAGGAGAUACCUCUGCUGAACGAUCUACUAUUUUCAUUGAUAUGGAGCCUAAGGGUGAUAUUAAUUAUGACCCAGGCGACCAUGUGGGAAUAAUGGCAUGUAAUCGUAAAGAAUUGGUUGACAGUCUGUUGGCUCGGCUGAAGGACAUAGAUAAUUAUGAUACGCCAUUGCAAUUGCAACUGAUGAAAGAGACUCAUACAUCAAGUGGUCCUGUAAAAUCAUGGGAGCCUCACGAAAAGCUUCCCGUAGUUAGUGUUCGUGAGCUUUUCACGCGGUUUUUGGACAUCACAAGCCCCCCAACAACAAUUCUUUUGCAGUAUUUGGCAACAACUUGUGAUAAUGAAGAAGAAAGAAAACAACUUAUUACUCUCUCAACGGACCCAGCAGCCUACGAAGAUUGGCGACACUACCAUUUCCCAACCUUGCCAGAAGUCUUACGUCAAUUUAGCUCUGCAAAACCAAGUGCAUCAUUGCUUGCUGCGCUCUUGUCCCCUUUACAACCGAGAUUUUAUUCAAUUUCAUCAUCUCCAAUCGCCCACCCAAAACGAUUACAUCUCACGGUUGCAGUCGUUACUUACAGAACUCAAGAUGGCGAAGGUCCUGUCCACUAUGGUGUUUGCUCAAAUUAUCUCAUGGAUCGUAAAUCUGGGGAUGAGGUUUACCUAUUCAUUAGAAGUGCCCCAAAUUUUCAUCUUCCGCAUGACCUUACUGUGCCUCUUAUACUGAUAGGCCCAGGAACAGGUAUUGCACCUUUUAGAGGAUUUUGGCAUCAUCGUAGAGCUCUUCUUAAUUCUGGCUCACGGCUUAAUGCUGGACCUGUAUGGCUUUUCUUUGGAUGUCGUACCAAAACUAUGGAUUUAUACAGAGAAGAAAAGGAGAAUGCUUUGAAGGAGGGAGUUCUGUCGAAAGUUUUUCUUGCUUUGUCCAGAGAAAAAAAUGUUCCUAAGAUGUACGUCCAAGAAUUGGCAGAAAAGGAAGGAGCCGAAAUUCACGAUUUAUUAAUUAAUAGAGGUGCACACUUUUAUGUUUGUGGCGAUUGUAAGAUGGCUGAAGAUGUGCACCAAAAACUAAAAGGAAUUAUCAAGAAGCAUGGUAGCAUGACUGAUGAGCAGGUUCAGAAUUUCAUGUUCCUGCUUAAGGAAGAAAAUCGUUAUCACGAGGACAUAUUCGGCAUUACACUCCGCACGGCUGAAGUGCACAGCGCCUCGCGUGAAUCAGCUCGUAGGAACCGAGUCGCAGCGCAGCCAUGACGCCGGUCGUCACGUUUUGUUUCAAAUCAUGUUAAUUCAAAGCAAGCUUAACUGUCUUUUACAGUAUCAAAUAAUAUACUUCUUAAAUCUAGAAAAUCGCGCUUUUUACAGCGAUUAUAUUGUAUUUAAUAUUGAAAGUCAUCUUUAUGCUUCAUCUUAUAAUAAUGAUUAGUAUUAAUAGAAUAAUUAUCGUUUUUUUGUGGUCCAGCUUCUUGUAGAGUUUCUCUAAAAUAAAACAAGUAAAAAUAGGUUUCAUUAUUGUUUCAGUAUCAAUGAAAGAAGGAUAGAUGAGAGUCGAAUUGUAGUAAAAAUGUUGUCCCUUAUAACUUGCGUCGCUUUUAAAAGAUAUAAAAUUAUAUUACAUUAUAACACAUUGGGCAGCUAUGAAAAAUCCACUCAUUAUCCAUUUUAUUCUUUAAGUAAAUUAAGGCACCUCUAAUAUGAAUAAAAGAUUUGUUUCAGCCGUCAGGCUUGGAGGUUGUGUAUCAUUUAAUUGAAUUUGUAAAUAAAAAAGGAUUAACGUCUCCUUAAAUUUUGCAGAAAUACACGCACACGUAAUAACUAAAUUAAAUUAAGCUAUCGCUAUAAAAGUUAUUAGAAUGUUUCGUUAAUGUUACAAGUGAUUCCUGAUAAUGAUCCUUAUAAAUAAUUUAUGCAGAAUAACAAGAAACAAUUUAAAAUGUAUAGUUAGUCUCGAUGCUUUUGACGUAAGCCCGUAUGUUGGUAUGCUUAGUUUAGCAUUUAUAUCGGUGCAUUUAUAAGUAACUAUAUUUUAUUUCAAAUUAAUUCAUCAUAACAACGUAUAUCAAACACAUUGCCAAAUUUUGUACAAAAUAAAUUAUAGUUAGUUUAUUUUAUUAUUUGUACAUACACUUUUAUUGAAUAAUUUAAUGUUUACUUUAUCGAAACAAUGCAAUGUAAUAUGAAAUAUGAUUUUAAAAUCGUAAUUAAUUAAGCCAAAUAUUUAAAUUAAUUAUAAAAACAAAAAAAAAAAGUAAUAAUAUUAGGAUAGUAAAAUUUAAUGUUCCAGCUAUAUUUACCGUUCGUCUCAAAUUUCUUCUACGCUACUUUACUCGUUAGUGUUGACUAUGUGAUCCUUUACGCUAGUCCUAAGAAAUGUAUUCAUAUUUUCUAUUAUUAAUUUUUAAAUAUAUACAAUAUUUCUAACUAUUAAUAUUUCUAUUUCGUAAAAUAUUAAUGUUUGUCUUUACCAGAUAUUUACAAUCAGAUAAAAUUUAUUGCACCUUUGGGACUAAAAAAAAUAUUAUCAGAUUCAUAUCAAUUUAUUCGCACGAUUUCAAAUACUUAUUGAAUUUUAACUGUUAAUUAAUAUUAAUAUUUGCGGAUAUAUGAUUAUAAAUUGUCUGUUAUUUAUCAAAUAAAGUUCCUUGAUAUUCGGUAAUGACUA